CUCGGUCAGUCGUUUGGAUUGCCAUCAUGGGCGACGACGCCAACGCAGGGUGCUUUGCGCAGCCGCUCGACAGCACGGAUGCGCUCAUGUACGCGUCGCGCAUGCAGUACUUGCAUUCGGACGAGAACCAAGACAAGACGCGGCCCGACGCGCUCUUCAUGUCGCGGCGCCAAGUGAAAAAGCACAGCGCGUUCAAGAUCCACACGUCGCCGAUUCCAGCGCUCAAGAAGAUCGAGCAAGCGCACCCAUUGCACCACCACCACCACCGCAAGACGAGUGGCCUCCGAGUGGCGCAAAUGGGCGCGGCGAUGAACGGGAGCUGGAUCCCGUGCUUCCAGGCGGGCUGCCACUUUUUGCAGCACAAGGAAACGGGGCAGUGUGUGCCCAACGACGCGCUUAAUAAGCCGUGCCCGUUUCACGCACCGACCGAGCAUUGCGCGUGGGCACCCGGUGGCACAGACGAGUCGGACGACGACGAAGCGACCCCGCCGUUUCCCGCAAGCUUCAAGUUCUUGGAGCCGGACCUCCACCCACACAGCACGAAACCGAGUACGAAGAAGGGGCAUGUCUCGCACAUUGUGGUCCGCAAGAGCGAACGCUAAGACGAGAAAGACGGACGACACAUUCGAGCCAUCGAGCGAUGCAGCAUGAGAGAGAUCGGCGUCGUACAGAAAUCCAGCGACUAGAUUCUUAAAGCGAGGUAAUGCUCCGUCGGUAAUGCUUGACUUCAGCA